AUGUCUAACGAAAUUAUUUUAGAAACAGUACGUGAAUUACUUCCAGAUAUUGAAAAAGAGAUACGAGAACAAGUUAAUUAAGAAUUACAAAUUGAAUAUUAAUAUAAAUUUCAAUAAGAAAUAGAUUCAUUAACCUAAUUUAAUGAAGAAUAAUUAAGAGCUGAAUUGGAAUAACAAAUUAGAAUAGACUAUGAAUAAUAGAAGGAAUAGUUGGCAUAAGAUGUAAUACGUGAAUUUGAUGAUUCACUUCAAAGAGGUUAAUUAGAGCAAUAAUUAAGAUUCAAAAUAUAGGAGGAGCUGGAAGAGUAAAUAAAUGAAGAAGUUUAAAAAAAAUCAAAAUAACUUAAAUUAUAAUAUAAGAAAAGGCUUGAAUAAGAAAAAAAUCAGUUGUAAAAGGAUUUUGAGUUAGAAUGGAAACAAAGAGUUGAUGCAGAGAAAAAAAGAUUAGAAAGAGAAAAGAGUGAAAUUGCAAGAUUGAAAUCAGUUGAGUAUGUUAAACUUAAAAAAUUGUAAGAUGAAUAAAAAAAGCAUAGUCAAUUAUUAAAAGAUCAAGAAACAAAAUAUUAAGAUAUUAUGAAAUCACUUCAAAAAUAAAUCUAAGAACUUACUUAAUAAUUAGAAUUAGCCUUAUAAGAUUAAAUAACUAAAGAGAAAUUACAAAAUUAGUAAGAAAACUUUGAUAGCUUAAACUAAGAUAAAUAUAUAAAUAUACCACUUUCAAAAUAAGAUCAUAUUUAUGAACAAAAAACAAAUCCUAUUUAUUAACAUAAGUAAAUCACUGAAGAGGAAUCAUAAGAAUCAUAAUAAACUUCAAUUAAUUUUAAUAAUCAUAAGUAACAAUAGAAUUUAAAAAAAAAUUAGUAAGAAUAACAAAAUUAAAAAAAAUUAAAGAAUCCAAAAAAGAAAUAGCGUACAUAAUAUGAAAAUUAAUUAGAAAAAGGUAUAAAAUAAUAAAAAGGUAAUGUGGAAAUAUCAAAACCUUAAUUUUGGGAAUAAGAAAAUAAUUAAAGACAAAUGAAUAGAAUAGAUACAAUUAUCAAAGAAUAUGAUGAAAUUCCAGUUUAAAAAGAACAAUUUAUGAGCUAUAAUAGUCUAUUUAAAGAAAAUGAUCUUGAUAAUACAAAAAAUAAAUAAAUGAAAUAACUAAGAUAAAAAAUUGCAGAAGAUCAAGAACAAGAUUAAAGACUUCAAACAAAAUAUUUGGGAAUUUAAAUUAACAUUAUGAAUGAUUUUAUUGUUGAUUAUGUUGGUAAGAUAUUUAAUAUUUUUAUUAGAAUAUCCUGAAUAUCAUUAAGUUAAAAUGUUACUUUAAGAUAUCAUUUAAUUAUUUAAUUAAUGGAUGAUUAGUUAUUAAGAAAGAAUUGAAUUUUUUAAAAGAAUUAAAGAGUUAGCAAAUUCAAAUUUUAGAGAUAUUAUUCCAUUUUUACAAACAUAAAUUCACAAAUUUAAACUUAUUUAAAAUUAUUAUUCUGACUUUCAAAAACGAUUCAAUCUUAAGAAUUAGAUUAUGGCCAAUUAUAGUUAAUUUAAUAAAUGCAAAUAAAUAUUUGAAUAAAUUAAUUAAUUAAAUUUAAAAUCUAUUAAUUUAUCAGUUUUAGGAUGUGACUUUUAAGAAUUAAUAUAACUUGAUUUAUGGGAAAAAGACUUUUUAGAAAGAGAAGAACUAAAAUCUUAAAUAUUAUGUAAAAUAUAAUCGAAAUUAAUAUGA